GAAGUUCACUCUGAUCAGCUGAUUCCAACUGACAACAAGAGAGGAGGAAGCCUGGGAGGCAACAUAGGAGGAGGGGGCGGAGAUGGAGCUGAGGAUGGAUCCGCCGGGGCCCUAGAGCAGCCCGGGUCCCAUCGGCAACCCGCGUCCCUCACACCGCCUUGCCGUGGCUGAGCUGCUCCGGGUGGGCUCUGCGAGCCGCGGCGGGCAGGGUAGCUCUUGAAACACUGGCUUGAGGUCCAGGUAUCUCACCACCUUAUUUCAUCACUGUGACUUUGUGGCUGAGGCCCAGCUGAGGAGCCUACCUUUGUGAGCCCAGCAGACCUCUCAGCGUGCAUCAGAGACUCCAUCAAGUUCAUUUUCAUCACGUCUUUCUCUGCACUUUGCAGAGGAUGAAACCGUCAAACUCGGUCGACACUGCUGCUGAAACAAGAGACUUGGAGGCAGAGAAUUAAAAAUUCGAACGUUUGUGAGGGUGUAAAAAUUCUUAGCCAGACAGGUUCUCUCUUUUUUUUUUUUUAAAGCGUUCAGAACCCUGUGGAAGCACUAGCUGCCUUCAGACUCAAAGCCUUUGUCUUCCUUCAUUCCUGGGAGAGGACAGUAGUGACUGUUCCAGGGUGGGUGGUUUCCAGGGAAGUCUAAGUUAUGAGUGCCCAGACUUCUCCAGCAGAGAAGGGCCUAAAUCCAGGGCUCAUGUGCCAGGAGAGUUACGCCUGCAGCGGGACUGACGAAGCGGUCUUCGAAUGUGAUGAGUGCUGCAGUUUGCAGUGUCUCCGCUGUGAGGAGGAACUCCAUCGGCAGGAUCGCCUUCGAAACCAUGAGCGGAUAAGACUCAAAGCCGGCCACGUCCCUUACUGUGACCCCUGCAAAGGCCCCAACGGGCAUUCUCCGGGUGUUAGGCAGAGGGCAGCUGUGAGGUGCCAGACCUGCAAAAUCAACCUGUGCGUGGAGUGCCAGAAGAGGACUCACUCAGGGGGAAACAAGAGGAGACACCCCAUUACUGUAUAUCAUGUCAGUAAGGUCCAGGAAUCCCUGGAGGGCGAAGAGAUGGAUGAGGAGACCAAGAGGAAGAAGAUGACAGAGAGGGUCGUGAGCUUCCUCCUGGUCGAUGAAAACGAAGAGAUUCAGGUAACAAAUGAAGAGGACUUUAUUAGAAAAUUGGACUGUAAGCCUGACCAGCAUCUCAAGGUGGUUUCCAUUUUUGGAAAUACCGGUGAUGGAAAGUCCCAUACCCUCAACCACACUUUCUUCUAUGGCCGAGAAGUCUUCAAAACUUCCCCUGCUCAGGAGUCCUGCACAGUGGGAGUGUGGGCAGCCUAUGACCCAGUCAAUAAAGUAGCAGUGAUCGACACAGAAGGACUCCUGGGGGCCACCGUGAACCUCAGCCAGAGAACACGGCUACUGCUAAAGGUCCUGGCCAUCUCAGACCUGGUCAUCUAUCGAACUCAUGCAGACCGGCUGCAUAACGACCUCUUCAAAUUCCUUGGGGAUGCCUCUGAAGCUUACCUGAAGCACUUUACCAAGGAACUCAAGGCUACCACUGCACGCUGCGGCCUGGAUGUUCCCUUAUCCACCCUGGGCCCUGCAGUUAUUAUUUUCCAUGAGACUGUGCACACUCAACUUCUGGGUUCUGAUCACCCCUCAGAGGCCCCCGAGAAGCUCAUCCAGGACCGCUUCAGGAAGCUGGGCCGCUUCCCCGAAGCCUUCAGCUCCAUCCAUUACAAGGGAACAAGGACAUACAAUCCUCCCACAGACUUCUCGGGGCUCCGGCGCGCUCUGGAGCAGCUGCUGGAGAACAACACCACCAGGUCUCCCCGGCACCCAGGGGUCAUCUUCAAAGCUCUGAAGGCACUGAGCGACCGCUUCAGCGGUGAAAUCCCUGAUGACCAGAUGGCGCACAGUUCAUUUUUUCCAGAUGAGUACUUCACCUGCUCCUCGAUCUGCCUCAGCUGUGGGGCAGGGUGUAAGAACAGCAUGAACCAUGCCAAGGAAGGGGUGCCUCACGAGGCCAAGACCCGCUGUAGGUACUCACACCAGUAUGACAACCGAGUUUACACCUGUAAGGCCUGCUACGAGAGAGGCAAGGAAGUCAGUGUGGUGCCCAAAACAUCUGCUUCCACUGACUCUCCCUGGAUGGGUCUAGCGAAGUACGCCUGGUCCGGGUACGUGAUCGAAUGUCCUAACUGCGGCGUGGUCUAUAGGAGCCGGCAGUAUUGGUUUGGGAACCAAGAUCCUGUGGAUACAGUGGUUCGGACCGAGAUUGUACACGCAUGGCCUGGAACCGAUGCAUUUCUGAAGGACAACAACAAUGCUGCCCAGCGUCUGUUGGAUGGGAUGAACUUUAUGGCUCAGUCAGUGUCUGAGCUUAGCCUCGGACCCACUAAGGCUGUGACUUCUUGGCUAACAGACCAGAUUGCCCCUGCCUACUGGAGGCCCAACUCCCAGAUUCUGAGCUGCAGCCAGUGUGCCACAUCCUUCAAGGACAACGACACCAAGCAUCACUGCCGGGCCUGUGGUGAGGGCUUCUGCGAUAGCUGUUCAUCCAAGACCCGCCCAGUGCCUGAACGGGGCUGGGGACCUGCGCCCGUCCGUGUGUGUGACAACUGCUAUGAUGCCAGGAAUGUCCAGUUAGACGUGACUGAGGUGCAGGCAGAUGACGAAGGAGGAACGCUCAUUGCCCGGAAGGUGGGCGAGGCCGUGCAGAACACCUUGGGAGCCGUGGUGACAGCUAUUGACAUACCACUAGGCCUGGUGAAAGAUGCUGCCAGGCCAGCCUACUGGGUGCCUGACCAUGAGAUCCUGCACUGCCACAACUGCCGCAAGGAGUUCAGCGUCAAGCUCUCCAAACACCACUGCCGAGCCUGUGGACAGGGCUUCUGUGACGAGUGCUCCCAUGACCGGAGGGCCGUCCCCUCUCGCGGCUGGGACCAUCCAGUCCGAGUCUGCUUCAACUGCAAUAAAAAGCCCGGUGACCUUUAACCCCAGCUCCCUCUCCGACUCCUUCACAACUCCUUAGGUUCUCAGGGUUAGAAACAGAAGUCUCACUGAGGUAGGCCCUCACCGGGUGUGGUGUGCGAUGUGUGCGCUCUCCUCUGACAUCCCCGGGCCACUUUCCCUCAGUGGAGGUGAGCCUGACGGUAGACCCGAAGGCAUGAUCCACCUCAGGGCAGGGGACUGAGUGGCUCUCAGUAAAGCGGAAUGGACCCCCCCGAGUCCAUCACAUUUACUUUAGUUAAAAAAUAAGAAAUCUCUCUCUAUCUCUGUAUAUCCAUCUAGAGGGGAUUUGGAGUGGUCGAGACUGCUUCUGCUUUGAAGACGUACCUCAGUGUGUCCCUAGCACAGGGACAAGGUGCCAUUGGGAGCCAGUCUUCCUCCUGAAGCGAGCCAGGUUCACAGUCACCUUUUGCUGCUUCUCCCAGAGCUUGGCAGCAUCCUUUCCUGCCCCUUUUCCCCCUCAUGGCUGCCUGGGUUUGAACCUUGUCUUGCUUGGAGCAGCCUAGGGGGUUCCACCAACCUCUCCCACGGUGAAUCCUGGUUUGUGGUUCUAGCCUGUUUGUGUGGAAGCCACUGGUGUAUGUAGAGGGGCAGAGGGUUAGAAUCAUGAGACAUGAAAAGUCGAAAUGCAGGUGCUGUGGCUCCUGGAGUUGGGGAGUCCAGAAGGAGGUAGGUCUCCCCUAGCAGGAUAUCUGCUCCUUGAUGCUUCUGUCACCACUAGGCUUUCCUAGAGGGCCACACCCUGCCCCCAAGUCAGAGCCUAACGCCUCCCCUCUGCCCCUGGAGUCCAGUCUGCUUCUGAGUGUCACACUAGGAAUUUUGCUCAAAGUGUCUUAUUCUUUGUUCCUAUACAUACAGCCCCUCUGUCUGUUAGAGGGGGAUGGGCAGUCACGAGAAACCUUCCAGGGAAACAGCACAGAAUGGACUGUUAGUUGUGUUUUUUAAAAUACAUAUAAAUAAAUAUAUAUAAAUAUUUCAACAGAUCAUAAGGAAAACUUAUCUUUGGUUCUUGCAAGAGAAACCAAAUGAACAAAUGUUUCUCAGCAAGAGCUCGGACAUCAUAUCGAUCAUGACUGGAAAGACUGUUGUGCUGAGCUCCUGUCAGUGUGGAGUUUAUCCUCAGUGGCCAAAAAAGAAGAACUAAAGCAACAUCACUAUUGAUUGAACUGAUGGGCGGGGUGGGGACUCCGGGAAGUGUGUGGGCAGUCAUUCCUGGGGUGUGUGUCCAGUGACGUGAGCCCUGGAGCGGAUUGGUCCUUCUUAGACCUGUUCCUUUCCGAGGCCCUACUCUAGAACUGUAUCAUCCAUUCACCAUCAUAAAGGAAUCUUCCUGCGGAA